AAAGAAUUCCACAUUUAUAAUUGUACCAAGUCAACCAAACGUCCCAACCCAAGUCUUCCUUUUCAUCAACUUCUUUGAAUUUUAUGGCUACGGAGGGGAAGUCCGCUGCUCCUCUGCACUUUCAUCUUCCCUAAAACAACCUAACUUGGAUCCUGUGAUUCUCAAUUCCCCAUCACCCACCAAAUAAGAUAACUAGAUUUGGUAGCUUUCCCCAUCUCUCUCCUCUAUUCAGAUCGAGAAAAGCCCAUUUUCUGGUUCAUCAAAUGAAUUUCCAGAUCUUUUCUUCGUUUCUCUCCCUCUUCUCUAUCAUUGAACUAUUGGUUCUCAUUCGAAUUCCUCUAUGUUUAUGCUACAACGAUGAAUCAUACAGCCAGUGCGAAAAAAAGUUCAGCUGUGGCGACAGUAUGAAGGAUGUGGGUUAUCCUUUCUGGGGAGAUGGUCAAAGGCCCAAGGAAUGUGGGCAUCCAGGAUUUGAGCUCAUUUGCGAUGAGAGUCGUAAUAUCACCACCAUGCCCAUCAUGGGAGUUAAAUACCGGGUCAUCGAACUGGAGCAUCCAAUUCUUAAAAUUGCAAGAGAAGACGUGUUGGAGAUGCUGGAGGGAAGUUGUCCAACAAAUCUAAAAGAUUCCAUCCUUGAUUUGCAGCACUUCGAUUAUCAUGAUGAGUACGUAAACAUUACCCUGUUGUACAACUGCCCUGUUGCUACUCCUGGCGGACACCUUAUUGAACUUCCCAAACCUUGCAAAAUCAGUGAUUCUAAUUAUACCAGCGUUUUGCCAGUAAUAUCCCAAGAUGCUCGACGUUUUGAGAAGUGCAGCGUUGGCAUCACCUUUCCAAUUCGACAGUUUGACCCUAAAGAACUGUGGGAUCUAUCGGGAUUGAGUGGAGUAGUACUUGAUGGGUUCAAGGUGAAGUUGAAAUUGGAGGAGGAUGAGAACAAGGCAUGUGAGGAGUGCACCCAAUCAGGUGGGCUAUGUGGAUACGAUUACUACUACUACAAAAAAACCGCUUGCUUUUGUCCCAACCGGCCCUAUUUUUCUGACACUAAAUGCGCUGCCUCAACAGGUCAUCCACGAAAAAUUUUUAUAGCCAAACACCGUGAAGUGCGUGGCGGGCCGAAGAGUCUCGAUAAGCACUGGUUUGAUUUUUUCAACUGCAUGCUCUCAUCUUCAUGGGCGACACAGCCACUCUGCUGUACCCAUUUACAAGGUCAAGCUGCGGGUCUUUGGGAUCUUCCACGAAAAAUUUUUAUAGGUAUUGCAGCUAGUGUGUGCCUAUGCAUGGUCGGUGUCUUCGUUAUGGGCUUUUGGAUUCUCAGGAAAGGCCGUGGAAAAACAUUCCUCUCAAGCCUAAAAAUGGCUUUUUCUCAGGAGAAAUCACGGGAUGAACAAAACAUCAAGGAAUUUCUUAGAAAUUAUGGAUCUCUUGCUCUUAAAAGAUACAAGUACUCUAAUGUUAAGAAAAUGACCAACUCUUUUUCAGAUAAAUUAGGUCAAGGAGGCUAUGGAGAAGUAUAUAAAGGAAAGUUAUUUGAUGGUCGUGUUGUAGCAGUGAAACUCUUGAUAAGAAAGUCCACAAGAAAUGCAGAAGAUUUCAUAAAUGAAGUUGCUAGCAUUAGUAGAACAUCCCAUGUUAAUAUUGUCACUCUUCUUGGUUUUUGCUAUGAGGGAAGUAGAAGAGCUCUAAUCUAUGAAUUUAUGCCCAAUGGAUCUCUUGACAAGUUCAUAUUUGAUCAUAAAUCUCCAAGUAAUUGUCAUAACUUGACGUGGGAAACAUUGUUGCAAAUUGCAGUUGGCAUUGCCCGAGGGCUAGAGUACUUGCACCGAGGUUGUACAACGAGGAUUUUGCAUUUUGACAUAAAACCUCACAAUAUUCUUUUGGAUGAGUACUUUUGCCCCAAAAUUUCUGAUUUUGGCCUUUCUAAGCUAUGUCAUGGAAAAGAAAGUAUUGUGUCGAUGAUGGAUGCCCGUGGUACUUUUGGGUACAUUGCUCCAGAAGUCUAUUGUAGAAACUUUGGAGGGGUUUCUUACAAAUCUGAUGUUUAUAGUUAUGGGAUGCUAGUUCUUGAAAUGGUUGGAGGAAGAAGGAAUAUCGAUGUUGAAAGAUCUCAUACUAGUGAGAUAUAUUUUCCGAAUUGGAUAUAUAAGCACCUUGACCUAGAGGAGGAUCUGAGACUUCUUGAAGUUGUGACCGCUGAGGAAGAAGAAAUGGCAAGGAAGAUGAUUCUAGUGAGCUUGUGGUGCAUUCAAACAAUUCCAUCAGAUAGACCAUCAAUGACAAAGGUGGUGGAGAUGUUGGAAGGAAGCCUUCAAUCACUAUCCAUUCCCCCAAAGCCUACACUAUCUUCUCCUUGAGAUCAUACUGACAUACUUCCACUUCAUCACUAUCAUAAAACAAAAUUCUACAAGUUGGUGUUCUCUCAUUGGAAUGAUAAGAGGCAUUCUUCGAGUAUUGAUCCUUGCCAAAGGAUUAAUGCAAAAUAAUACCACCUUGCACUUUGCCUAAUGUUGAAAAUGUCAUUUUACCAUUUUGAUUCAAGCUCCCAUUAAAGAAGGGGUCCACGAGCCUAUACAUAUGAUUUCAAAUAA